UUUCCUCCCCAGAAAGAAUCAAUAUCCUCUCAUCUGUAGAUCAAAGAAUAGCUACCCUUUGUCACAAAGAGAGAAAAAAAAAACCUCAUUCUUAAAAAAGAAAAAAAGCAGCAGCAAAUGGGUGGCAUCACUUUAGGCAACACGCAUUCAAUUUCUCAAUCUCACCAUCACACCCACAAGGUCUUCUUGUUCUGCAACUACAUUCUACUGGGAGCAGCCUCUAGUUGCAUAUUCUUAACCCUUUCGCUUCGACUGGUGCCUUCAAUAUGCGGGUUCUUUCUAAUUCUCCUCCAUGUAUUGACAAUUAUUGGGGCAGUAUCAGGUUGUGCAGCUGCCUCAUCAGGGACCAACAGGUGGUAUGCUGCACACAUGGUGGCCACAGUGCUUACGGCAAUAUUUCAAGGAUCGGUGUCGGUGUUGAUAUUUACUAGGACAGGGGAUUUCCUAGGGCAAUUGAAGUCAUAUGUAAGAGAAGAGGAUGGUGAAGUGAUAUUGAAGCUUGCUGGUGGGCUGUGUGUGUUGGUUUUCUGUUUGGAGUGGGUGGUUCUUACUCUUGCAUUUUUCUUGAAGUAUUAUGCCUAUGUGGAGGGUGGCGACGUUAGUGGUGGUAAUACUGCUAUGAGAAGAUCUGCCAAGGUGCAGCAAGAAGAGGACUUGAAGGAUUGGCCAUGGCCUUUCCAAGUCUAAUCUUGGGUUUGAUCUUACAUAUGGCUGUUGUAAUUGUGAUAGUAUUGGCGUGGUGGUGCUUCCGCAUAUUUAUUUAUUUAUUUAUUUUUGUUGAUUCAAUUAUUUGUUA